AUGGAUCUUCUAACUCCCGGAGAUAUCAAGCACAAGAAUGGAGAGACGACGCACUAUUAUGAAGGAGGGUCUAAAGAAGGAACACCCCUCAUCUUCAUCCACGGCUGGCCGGACAUAGCGGAGUCAUGGGAACACCAACUCUCCCACUUCGCCGCUGGCUCAAAGUACCGCGUCAUUGCUCCCGACAUGCGCGGCUACGGUGAUUCCACUGCCCCAACCACAAAGGAAGCCUACUCACUGUCAGUGCUCGUCUCGGAAAUGGUCGAAUUCGUCGAACAACUAGGCAUCAACAAGGCCAUCUGGGUCAGCCACGACUGGGGCUCGGGCCUCACCAACGCGCUUGCAGCCCAUCAUCCCGAACUCUUCAUCGGUGUCGCCAAUCUUUGCGUCCCAUACCGUUCUGUCGAGCUCGGCUUCGAUUACCUCGUGAGCAUGGUGAACCGCGACAUCUACCCCGAAGACGAGUAUAAAUGGGGACAAUGGGAGUACAUGAAGUACUACCAGCUGUAUCCCGAAGAGAGCGUCAAGAUGUUUGACUCAGCCGUGGAAGGUAUGACAAAGGUGCUCUACCUGAAACAAGACCACAGCCAGUCGUAUGGCAAGCCCUCCCCUAUGGCCAGGAUCAUUAGGGACGGAGGAUUGUUUGGAGGACACCCGGAAAAGAUUCCUGAUAUUCCACUCGAGGCUACAAUGCUCGACGAGCACCAUUACGCUAGUCUCGUGCGGGGCAAGAAGAAGCAUGGGUCCUUUGGCCCUGUGGCAUGGUAUUUGAACCACGAGGCUAACGCCGAGUACGGGAAGAGUGAGAAGAAUGGAGGAGUGCUGGAGUUCCCUGUGUUGUAUAUCGACGGAAAGUACGAUGCUGUAUGCUCAAUCAGUCAGACGCCAAAGAUGGGAGAAAGCCAGAAGUCAGCCACGAAGAAGUUAACAGUAGAGACCAUCGAAGCGGGGCAUUGGGUGCAGUUAGAGAAACCUAAGGAGGUCAAUGAGGCGUUGGAAAAGUGGCUGAGCACUUUGUGAGGUGUUGCUGUGUGGUAGUGUUGAUAGAACGCUGCAUGCGCGUUAAAAUGAGACAUGACUGGAGCACCAGUAAUGCAUACGUAGAGAGAGGGCGUGGAGUCAUUGUUAUGCUGAAUAGUACAAUGAUCUGAAUCGG